UAAGUUCCGCAACCAAUUGCAUCAUAUCUCACAAAUAACACAAAACAAAAUUAAAUCAAAAUGAAGUUAUCAUUUAUUUAUCUUUUUUGUGCCAUUUUUUCCACCACAACUCUUCUAACAUCCCAUGCCGACGACAACCAAAAACAGUUCCUAGACGUGCACAACGCCGCCCGUGCGCAAGUCGGUGUGCCACCCCUUAAAUGGAACACCACCCUUGCGACGUUCGCACAAAACUUGGCCGACAAAGUCAAGCAAACAUCUGAUGACCUGGUGAGGUCCGGUAGUCCUUACGGCGAGAACAAGGCCGCCGGCUACGAUGCUUUUACGGCGGUUGAUGCAGUUAACCAAUGGGUGGAGGAGAAAAAGAACUAUGAUCAUAAUUCAAAUGUUUGUUUGAAGGGUAAAGAAUGUAAACAUUAUAAACAGGUGGUUUGGAAGGACAGUUUAUCCGUUGGGUGUGCUAGUAUUAUAUUUGGUGCUGGUUGGCCUUUUGUUGUUUGUGAAUAUUAUCCACCUGGCAACGUUCCUGGUAAAUUGCCUUAUUAAUAAUUGGAUCAGAGUGGACUGAACUCAGCCUCCAGCCUAAAAUUACAAUUUUUGGGUGACCUACAAUUACCCAAAAAAAUGAUUUUAAUUAGAAUGUGAUUUUAGUUAGUUUUGGAUCAUAAUGUAGUUCAUCUCCUUAUGGCAUGGGUUUCUAAUUAGAUGAAUCAUUAUUGAGAUUGAAUAAUAAAAAAAAAUGUUUUAAUUUUAUGAAUGAA